ACUCAAUUAUUAGACUAUUAAUAUUAGUCAAGUCAGUAUAAUUAGUCAAUUAAUGGAUUAUUGCUAAAGUAAUUUGAUAAUAAUUACUAAAUAGUUUGACCAUUACCAAAGUAUUUGUCAUCUCGUAUAUUUUCAUCACAUAAUAUAGUGAGUAUCAAUAAACAAUAUGGUUUUUGACAAAUUUUCUAGUGAUACAUAUCACAUAAAUUGAUAAUAGUCACGGGAUUUUAGCAUAUUAUUUAAUUAUAUUCACUUAUAUAAAUUUAGUUGAAACAUUAUUUCACCAAAGCAUCUGGUAACUAUUAUCCAGGCUUGAUGGUUAUUAACAAACCUUUUCUUCCGUGCACAAAAGUAGAUACAAUCUGAAAAUUAUUUGUUAAUAUUUUUCAUUGUUUAUUUAUUUCUCAGGUUUUACCGUUAGAUGUCGUUCACAUUCAACAAUAACAAAGAAAUGAAAUACGAUUUAGGAGAUCGGCAUGAUUUCGACAACUCUCCCUUCCACCUCGAGUGAUUUCCCUUAUUUCACGCACACCGUACACAAAAUGGUUCGUCUCAGUCUCUCCGAUAAAAAUCGGUGAAUGGCGGUGAAGCAACGAGGUAGAAGAGCGCAUUCGCGUUGCACUCCGCAACGAAGCCUGCGAUCGAGGGAAGAAGGGAGUGACAGAGAGAAAGAGAGAAAGAAAGAGAGAGAAAGAGAGAAAGUCGAUUUCUUAAUUAACCUGCGAGGGAAAGAGAGGGAGAAAGUCUAUAGCCACCGGUACUUGUUAGCUUCGAUAACGGUAAACGUCAUCGGCCUGGAAGUAAAGCACCGAGCCGCUCGAGUGCUUUCUCGUUGCCGACCGAUCGAGACGCCGGUAUUACGAUCGUACGUCGUUACAGCAAAGUAACAGAAUCGAUUCGCGAAGAUCAAUGAUCUCCUUUGAUCGUGUCUUUCGUCUUUUCCACUUGAACGUGAGCGCUACUCGAUGUAAGUUCGCGUUGAUACCGUCUCUUUGAUUUGUCAACGAGCUCGAGCUUCACAAUUCCCCGUCGUCGGGAACUUUUAAUAAAUUUUCACGGACGAAAAAUGAGCCUUCGUGACAAGUACUCGCAUAUUUUUAUUUCAACAAAUUACGUUAAUCAAAGAAAUUGGCUUUUUAUUGAAAGAAACGCAAGUUUAGAUGCGCUUUUAGUAUACUUUUCCUUUGAUUUUAAGAUGCGAUUUUAAUACGUCUGUAUUAUUUUCGCGCGACUGCUGCGCGACCAAAGCGUCAUCAUUCUUAGUCAUCUAUUUCGCUAAUCGACGAGCUCCAUGCUGAGUGGACUUUUUAUCUGCGCCUAAAGGGAUCGUGUUUCCAUUUGAGAAGCGAAAAGAACGAAGGCACGAUCUCGCGUGCACACAGUGAAAUUUAUUUCGCGUAAUAAGGUUCUCACGCGAAGAGGAGAGUGAGAGAUUUAAAAUAAUAUUCGUGUAACGGUUACUUUAUCUUGAAGUGGGAAAUAUCGUCUCGCACGCGCGGAAUUAACGGUGAACAUUGUAAGACGAAGUACGUCUCUCAAAACUCCUUUCGAGGCUCCUUCCGCGCGCGUAAUUAUUAUAAAAAGGACCUUAAUGUUUUCGGCAGUUUUGGCGCAAGCGUUCGUUUAACGGGUAUUUAUCCGAAUACGUCAUCUCGCGCCCAAUUAACGAGAGGAAGACGCGGUCAACGUUGCGAAAUAUACUUUACACAAUAUGCCUGUUGCGCGUUUAAUUGACCAAGAUACAGUGAAUCCGACGCGCCCGCGGUUCCCGCACUUAUUAGCAUAUAUUUUGCGCUUGAGAAAACUUGUCCCGGAGCAUUUAAGAUAUUUCUUCUUCUUCUUCUCGUAGCCUACUUACUUCGCAAGAAAAAAGAAACGCGAUGUGUCGAAUGAUAGAAGAACGCGCGAUACUAACAAUAUUCUUCAAUAUAUCCAGAUAACUCUUCGGUAAGCUGCACUGAAGAAAAGUCUUGUAAUAGUCAAAAAGUGUAAUAGUCAAUAAUUGACCGUUUUAGUACAAUAUUUGGUAUAAUUAGUAUCAAAUAUGCUGGUAGUAAUCAACCGUCUGAUAAUAAUUACAAAAUAAUUAGUAAAACGAAUUCUUCAUUUAAUUGAAAAUAACAAAUGAUUUGAUAAAUAAUACCAAACAAUUCGACAAUGAUUACCAAAUUGUUUGAUAAUUACCAAAGCGUUUGUUCACUUACAUAUAUUUAUCAUAUAGUACGGUGAAUAUCACUAAAAAAAUACGAUUUUAUUUAAUGAAUUAGUUGGUGAUACGUAUAAUAUAAAUUGGUAAUAGUCACCGAGCCUUCGCAAUAAAUAUCAAGAUUGUUAAGGUUAUUUAUUAAUACUUACGAAAUUAUAUUAUUUAAUUAUAUUCACUGGCACGUCUAGUUGAAACUAUUUCUCCACAGCAUCUGAUAACUAUUACCUAAGCUAGAUAAUUAUUGCCAAGCUCUUUCUUUCAGUGUAAGUAACGGUUCUUUCAUAACAAAGAUUGUACGAUGAAAAUAUGAUGAAAAAUCUGGUAUAUGAAAAGGGAGGAGUUGAAGAAUCUUCACGUUGCACGUCCUCAAUGAAAUUUUCACAUUCGCGUCUCGUUAUUAGCUGAAAUGCUCAAGAACACACUGUACAUUCCUUUCUUCCGUCGUAAUAUCACCUCGGAUAGCAUUCGCCUCGGAAAGUCUUCAGUAUAUCAUAAUAUUGAGAAUCUGCCUGCGCUAAGCCUUUCGACCAAACUCUCGCGUUUAUCGGAGCUCGAAGACACGGCGUCUCCCUUCAAUGAAAAUGAUAAGCUGGCACCCGAGCAUUAACCGGCUGCAUCUUCCUGCCAGUUGAGAGUUGCAGGCCGAUGCGUGCAACCGGCUUCAAGAUAAUCUGCCCCCUUCCCACUGGUGUACCUCGAUCCUCUCCUCUUUAUUUCCCUCACUCCUCGUGCCUCCCUCCGGUCGUCUCCCAUUCUCUCUCUCUUUCUCUCUUUUGCACACUUCUGCCCUCGCGGUCGGGUGCGUAUCCACUUUUAUGCGGCUUUUACAGCACUAAGUCACGGCUCGUUCUGGGCGGCGGAAGAGAGAAAAAGGCUCUUACAGCGGCCAUUCAUUCCGCUACUUUCGCGAGUGUGAGAAUCACUGCAGUUUUCUUAACGUCAGUGAUAGGGGUGUGCGAUCUCAGGACGACGAUAAGUGCGGCGAACGACCUGACUUUAAUGAUAAACAGUUUAACUCCAAGUACACUCCAAGUAGGUAAACUCGUGUGUGACUGGUUCGUUCAUCGGCUCGCCUACCACUGGCUGUGCAGAAAUUUGUUGUAUUUUCAUGAUACAAUCAAAUCCGACACUUGGUCAAAUUUGAUACAAUAAACUUCCAACGAGCGUCCGAUCAUAUCGCCUUGAUGUGAGUUCACUUGUAUGUAAAGUACUCGCAAGAACUACUUAGCACCGUGUGAAGUAUUAGCAACGGACGUUAUUUGAGAUACGAUGUUGUCGUAUAAUUACACGGCGGAAAUAAUAAGCACUUGUUAAAGGCGAGAGGUCUGUACUUAAAGCUUAAGUCGUUAGGUCAACCCGCGACCGGAGUGGAAUAUAAACAGAUCUCCUCUCUCGAGACAGUCAUUAUUAUAUAUAUUUACCAUAAGUUGCUGUCGUUUCACUGGCUCGUUAACGUCUAAUCGGAGAGUGCGAACGUUAGGUAGAGGAAUAUCAGUGAUCCGAGACUGUGAUUGACGCGGUGUAUACGAUAUAAUCGAAGAGAUAAUUGUGCGAGAUAACUUUUGGAGAGAAAAUCUCGAGAAGAUAAUCGUUUAGAGGAAGGUGUCCCUUUUUAUUUCUAGUUUCCAAUAGAAUCUCGUUGGAGGCAUGUUCGUAAUACAGGAGAAGAAAUCACUUGGCAAGUAGGAGCGACGUAGGCGUGACGGAGAAGAAAACUGUAUCUCGGUGAAAUGUCAUGUUAAGAGUGAAAGUACUGGAAUUGUUCGGGAGAAAACUCAAAAGUGAAUCACAAAGCUAAUGUUCAGGAGAAGACGCGUUUGAGAAGAUAUGAGAAAGACGCGUGCUACCUAGGAACUACCGUUGCCUACUGCUCUGUUCCCAAUGCGCCAGAAAGUUGAUUUCGGGGUGCAUGGGAAUCCGGAUGCAACAGUGCGAGAUGAACUAACGACCCCGACGAGAGUCGAUGAAAUUGGAGCGUGCCCUCUCCACCGGAAGUAACGACCCGAAGAAGAAACCGUCGUCUCUCUUAUCGAAACUAAACUAAGUAAUUCUUCAUUAACAUGUUUGAAAACGCGUCGAAAUGGGCGGCCGUCGGUGGCAGCGGCGGCGGUGGUUCGCGCUUAAUCAAAGCCAAGAGCAGUCCGAACGUGUCGAAAUCGCCAUCCUCACUCAUCAAAAAGCAGAACCAAUCGGCCGUCCUCACAUCUCCAAGCAAGCCGCCGCGUACCGCGAAGGCACCGACAAUCUCGAAAAUAUCCAGCAAGACAGCCGCUAACGAGGCGGUUAGCCCACCCCGUCGCGGUCCCGCCAAUUUGGACUCUCCCAAGACUCGGCUUUUCUCGCCUUCGAAGCAGCGCCGGUGCCCGAGCGAGACCCGGCCGGAUACGGCAAAAACUGUCUCACCCGCCACACGCAACAACGACAAGAAAAAGGUCUGCAAGUCGGCCAGUUCGUCCCCCACUUGCACGAUACUGGAGGAUCGAGCGUUACUGAAGAAGGGACUGAUUUAUACGCCCAACGACAAGAUGCCGGCGAAACCCGAGGGCUUACGGGGGAAGGCCACCUUGGACCGUUCGGUCAGCCUGGGCUGCGUGUCUUCGGACAACCAAGCGGCGAGUCCCGCGAGCAUCCCUCGCGGGAUCCCGAUUUCCUCGGAGAGACGGUCGCAGGCGCACGAGAGAGACAAGAAGGCGGAAUCGCCCCGGCGCAAAUUGACACCUAUGAACAGAUCCACCAGUCUAUGGAGCGUGCAGACGCCGAGAGCGGAUUACAAUCAAUGUAGAAGAUCUUCCGGCACGUCCGCGAGGCUGAACUCGGUCUUCAGGCCGAGCAAGAUACCGCUGCCAGCGACUCGACCUACCGGUCUCGGCCGAUCUCUCGCCGAUCUAUCGCAAGUAGAUCGCGUCGGAGAGUCGAUCGGCCAAGUGAUUAGUUUCGAACUCGAUCUCGACGCCACUUCAGACGAGCGUAUUUACGAAAAUUGUCGCGAGACCCUCGAUCGUGCGUCCAAGCUGGGUAGCCCCGGGAUCUCGGUGUCGACGAGCAACCUGGAAGAGAGAGCUGCGCGGCUGAUGGCGCAAUUAGAUGACGAUGAGGAGGUGACCGCGCCAAUGGAUGUCGUCGAUGUCGCUCUUCCGCGUAGAAAGGAAUCCAUCUACGGGGAUCGAGAGACCUCUGAUGACAAAUGCAAAAGUAAUGUUAUCGAGGAGAAACGUAGUUCCGAUAAGAACUGUCUGGAUGACUGCAGCGACAAUAAGUCAAGGGCCUGCGAAGAAUCGGAGAGAACAAGCGCGGCUCUCACAGAUAACAAUACGAAGUCGGAGGAAGACGUUCCCAAGAGAAGGGAGUCCAACGUGCGAGAAUACAAGUCGAACCGAAGGGACUGGGCGAAAAGCUGCGAGAAGCCCGACGAGAUCAUCGAGGAGUCGAAGAAGAGCAAGGAAAGUCUGAAUAUCCAAGAGCUCAGGCGCAAUUGGGAGAGGCAUAGCAGAGGUGCCGCGGAUCAAGACAACGACGCGAAGACGAUCUACACCGGGAAUUCCGCUAAGAAAACCGUGAACCUAUCCAAGAUCGCUCGGAACGAGGGCGACGUGGUCGACGGCGCACAGGAGAUGAAGAGGAAGCAAUGCGUCGGUAAGAGAGCCAAGGACAUCGAACACCUGGUGAAUUUCUUCAACUGUAAGAACGCCGAGGCUUCGAAGGAGGCGCCGCGCGAGACUUGGAUCAAGCCAAGAUCAACGGACGUUCCGGUCGUAGAGACGCCCGCCGCUCUGAAGAAGAACGAGCCCAAGAGCGGCCACGAGUACAGCGGCUAUGCAUCGGAUGGGAAUUGCUCGGAGGACAGUGGGCACAUGAGCAAUGAGAACGAGGUGGAGUGGAAAGAUGCCGUGGACAGUCAGAGUCAGAGAGAGACGGCUGACUACAAAGGGACGCGGGAAUACUACGAUGCGAUCGAUCCGGUUGACGACAUGAAGAUCUUCGACACGACCAUCGCCCGCAGACUGGCCGAGUCUGAGAAGAAAAAGAUCGCCAGCCAGUCGAGCCCCGCAGUGUCCAGCGGCGCCAGCAGUAUCGACAGUUGUCGGGACGACAGAUGCCUGGAAAUUGGACGACAGAUAUUCUUCAGGUCCGGCACUCUAGAACGACUAGAAGCUCAGCGGGACGAAAAGCUCACAGGUCAUAUCAUUUUACUGCAGGCGAGAUGCAGGGGCUACUUGGCGCGGCGCAAGCUCAAUACUCUGAAGUUGCAAGAUCUCGCGGUGAGAUGCAUCCAAAGGAACGUGAGGAAGCUAAUGUCCGUGCGAGAAUGGCCUUGGUGGAGAUUGUACGUGAAAGUCGCGCCCUUGCUGAACGUUCAUCGGACCGAGGAUCAGUUAAAGGCGCGAACGGAAGAGCUCGAGCUUCUCAGGGCGAAAGUGGAACGUUUGGAGCAGGAACGUAACCACUUGAAGCACGACAACGACAAGUUAGAGGCGAAGCUGAGUGAGAUGACCGCAGACUUCGCGGAGGAACAUUCUACAUCGACUCUGGCGGCGGAGAGAAUCGACGCCGAGACGUCGGAGCGACUGCGGCUCGAGCGAGAAUUGCAGGAUGUGACCGAAGCCAACAAGAAUCUUCAGCAGACAACGGAACGCCUGGAAAUGGAGUUGCUCUAUGCGAGGGCUGCCGAUUUGAAUGGAGUCGCCUCCGACGGCGAGGAAGGUGAGGACGGCGGUGUUUACAGGCAACGAUACGAGCACGCUAUCCGCGAGCUCGAGUUCACCAAGAGGAAAAUGGCGCAACAGCACGAAGACGAUCUGGAGCAACUCGUCGGUUUGAAAAAACAGUUAGAAAAGAAGUUGGCUGAUGCUUACGAAGAGGUGGAGGAGCAACGACAAGUCGUCGGGCAGUGGAAACGACGAGUGCAAAAGUUGAACGGCGAGAUGCACGAUCUCAGAUUGCUGUUGGAAGAACAGACAGCCAGGAACAAUCUGCUCGAGAAGAAGCAGCGCAAGUUCGACUCGGAGACUCAGAAUCUAAUGAAUGACCUUAGACAAGAGAAAGCGCAGCGUGAAAGAUUAGCGAGAGAAAAAGAGAUUGCGAUCGCGGAAAAAUUCACAGUGGAGCAGAAUCUGAGCGAUGCACGAUUAGAAAUCGAGCUGAAGGAAGAGAGACUUCGCACAUUAACCCAAGAAUUAGAGGAGCUUACUUUCGGCGGCAAAACCGAGGAGGAAGUCGCGCAGCUGAAGAAGGCAAAACACGAACUGGAGAAACGCGCGAAAGAUCAAGAGGAGGAGUUGGACGAUCUUGCGGGCCAAGUGCAGCUGCUCGAGCAGGCUAAGCUCAGAUUGGAAAUGAGUAUCGAACAACAACGUAAGGAGAUGCGCAAAGAGAUGCAGCAACGCGACGAAGAGUUGGAGGACGUUCGCGGAAAUGCUCACAAGAAGGUUAAAGCUCUUGAGUCGCAGUUAGAGAAUGAACACGAGGAGAGAACGAUUCUUCUUAGAGAAAAACACGAACUGGAACGUCGUUUGGUGGCCAUAGAAGAACAAGAUCGAGCCGAUCGCGCGGCCGAAGCUGAAACCAUGCAGAGGUUGAAGAGAGACUUGAAGAGAACAAGGGCACUACUCAGGGACGCGCAAACGAUGCUCGAACGAUCCAAGGGCGAUUCGACGGGCAAAGCUGCGUUGCGUCAAUUGAAAAAUCAAUUGGAAGACGCGGAAUGCGCUCGUGCAGCGGCAAUAAAAGCAAAACAGGCGUUAGAGCAAGAAUUAAAUGAGACACAAGCGACUCUAGAAGAAGCUAUGCGACAUCGUUCCGAGGCGGAGGAGCGUGCUAAUGCAGCUAACCGUGAACGUACGGAACUGUUGUCCCAAUUAGAGGAAAACGAGGAGGAACUUGCUGAAGUCUUGAAGAAAUAUCGAGCCGCAGUGCAACAAGUUUCCGCGGAGCAAGGCCAAUUACAAGAGGCGCAGGUGCAAAUUGCCGCGCUCGAAGCGGAGAAGUCAUCACUAAAGGACCAACUGGCGGAACUAACGCAGCGAUUGGAGUCAGUAGAGCAACUCGGCGAUCCUACAGCGAACAGCCUUGCCACGAGACGCUUGGAGUUCCGAGCCAAGGAACUCGAAAGCAAACUCGAAUUGGAACAAACUACGAGAGCGCGCCUAGAGACACAAAUAGCACGGUUGAAAGAGAGCGUUGACAAGUUGCAAACUGAGUCGGCCUUACUCAGAACGAAAGAGCAGACCGCCCAAGACGCGGCAAGACGAUUGCAACGAUCCUUGCGCGACGCGCGCGACGAAGCUAGUGCGGCAAUUUCGCGCGAGCAAGAAGCUCUACGUGCUCGUCGUGACAUAGAGAAAUCCUUGGAGGCCGCGGAAGCCGAAACCAAGGUGGCUAGGGACGAUCUUAGGCUGGCAUUGCAAAGGAUUGAUGAUUUGCAGAGCGCGAUUCAGGGAGAACUCGAUUUGGAUUGCAGCGAGGAAGCCACCAGCGAGAACAGUGAUAGUGAUUGAUCCGAGCCCUCAUCGGACCUCGAGUCCGAUCAACACGAUGAGGAUGCGACUGAACCAGAAUCGAUGAGGCAGGUCGUAGACGGACUCCCACGCAACGAGGCGUCGGACAGAAUGUAAACACUAUAUCGAGCCGAUCGAUGUUUGAGCGAAAGUGACGAUCACAGUCCGGAGAGACGAAAGACUGGCGAAAACAAGGGCGAUGUUAGCCCGUUAUCGUUACGGUGGUUAGAAGAUCACAAUAGAUUUUACAUUUUGUGCUAAUCGAACGAUGCUACCUAAAGGAGGCGUGCGGUCUCCUUUUAUCGCUGUAGAGAAUUAAAUCGAUGCGAAGGGGAAUCAAACUGCCUCUAGCGCGGAGGCUAGUCGAACGCAAUCAAAUUUACAAUGUAAAGUUCGGACUGCGGGUUAAGCUAAGAGACCACUAAGCUAAUCGACCAUGACCCCUCUCUGCGCAAAGGUCAGCGAUGAUAAACUUUUGUAGGUGCUAACUAUGUAUAAUUCCCAGAAAAUCUCGAUGUCGUGGCGAAUUUGCGUGCCGCACUUGAUCGCGCGUCCGAUGAUAUCUUGUCCAUUUUUCUUCUUUUUUUUUUUCUUUUUAACUAUCGGUGACAACGACGUCGUCCUUCUCCAGUCUUCCAGAAAAAUUCGAGCCAUUUCAUACGAGCGCAAAUAUUAAUGGGAACUGCGCGUAUGGCUGCUGAACAGAAGUUGGAAUGCGUCCGAUAACGAUCACGAAAUGCACAUUAAGGAGAAUAAACAAAAUGAUUUCUUCAGCAGUAAAGUGGAACGAGAAUGAGUUGCAGAAAAGAUAAUUUCAAAAUUGUAUAUAUAUUUCAACGUCGACAUUAAUGGCGCUUCGUUUUGCGCGCGACACAUCUGUACUUUUGUUCAACAACUUGAAUACGUGCAUAUAUUUUCUCACAAAACAGUAACUCCGUGACUGGAUAUCUUCUACGUAGGAAGGAAUACAUCGCGCUUCUCUUGUCCUUGCAAUUCACUGCCUUCGGCUUAAUUACGUUUCACAUUUGUAUGAAAAGAAGGGGGAAGAGGAAAGCACAUGACAGGAGAACGAGAAACGCGUGCCACGACUCGAAUUGGGGGCUUUGGUUUCGUGUAAGGACUCUCGUGUAACUUAUUGCUUUGUAAAAUGCAGAUCUCCUAUUUAAUUA